AUGCUGUCGAACGAGAGCUGUGAGAACAGCACCCAUAUCCACACGGACGGGAACCCGGUGGUGAGCACAGUGAUGUUCAUCCUGGGGGUGAUGGGGAACUUCAUCGCCCUGGCCAUCUUGGGUGUCCACCGGAAGGAGCGGCGCACCAAGUCCUCCGUCUUCUGCAUCCUGGUGACGGGGCUGGCCCUCACUGACCUGCUGGGUACCUGCUUCCUCAGCCCCCUGGUGUUUGUGUGCUACGCCCGCCAGCGGUCCCUGCUGGGGCUCACUGGGGACAAGGGACUCUGUGGCCUCUUCGCCUUUGCCAUGACCUUCUUCGGCCUGGCCUCCAUGCUCAUCCUCUGUGCCAUGGCCGUGGAGCGCUGCCUGGCCAUCAGCCACCCCUAUUUUUACUCCAAGUGCGUCCGACGCAGCUUCGCCAAGGUGGCCCUCCUGCUUAUUUACAUCUCCACCUGCGCCUUCUGUGUUUUGCCAUUCUUCGGCUUUGGCCGCCACAAGCAGUACUGCCCGGGCACGUGGUGCUUCAUCAAGAUGGAGGCGGCAGGCGAGGGGGUGGACGAAGAGAGGAAGGUUCUGGCGUUCUCGCUGUCCUACGCUUCGCUCAUGGCGCUGCUGAUCGUGGCGGUGUUUGUGUGCAACGGCUCGGUGAUUGUCAGCCUGUGCCGGAUGCACCGCAGCCAGAUGACACGGCGUGGUUCGGUGGUGAAUGGAGGGAGGAAGAGGAAGAUGAGUCUGGGCUGGUUCGGACAGGGGGAGGAGGAGAUGGACCACCUGAUGCUGCUGGCCUCCAUGACGGUCAUCUUCGUUGUCUGCUCCUUGCCGCUCACUAUUGCCGGUUUUGCCAAUGCCAUCGAGCCGGUGGGUGACGACCAGGAGAACCUGCUGGCGUUCCGUUUCCAGGCCCUCAACCCAAUCGUGGACCCCUGGGUCUUCAUCAUCUUCCGCAAGUCCGUGUUCCGCCACCUCCGCUCGCUGCUGCGCUGCCGCUUCACGGGGGGAGCGGUGAAGAACACGGCCCACUGCACCUUCUCCUUAACCCCUGACGACCACAGGGAGUCUCCCAAACCCUUGCCUUCUGUGUCCUUGCAGCCCAAGCUAUACUCCAGCCUCUUAUGUGGGGGUGGGACUCGGGGCAGGAAAGAGGAUGGGAUUUAG